AUGGCGUCCGAUUACCGUACCUUAAAUCCAAAAGCCUCGCAAGAGACGUUGAUGUCUUUACUUCAGCUGGAUCCUUCGCCCAUUGACAAUGCCUCUCUUUACGAAAAGGACCUCCCGCCUCUGCCCGAGGAGGCACAGGACUCUGGAAGCUAUGGUUCUAAACAUACACCAACCGGUUCAACUUCUUCUACCUUAGGCCUCAGUGGUAGUGGUCGUGGCCCAAUAUAUUAUUUAUCACGAAUUCAACGAUAUUCAUCUUAUACAUUUUCCCUCUUCGCUGGCCUUCACUUCGCUAAUACCUCCGUCAUCCCCCUGGUUUAUCGGUCUGUCCCCUAUUCAGAGCCGUUUCUUCUUAUGGCCCGUGAGCUCUACCAGACUCCUCUCACCGAGCCUCUCCUAGUCGCCCUUCCUGUCGUCGCCCACGUCACCUCGGGCAUCGCCAUACGCCUACUGCGUCGACGUCAGAACAUACAGCGAUACGGCAGCGAGACUCCGGGUAUGUGGGCUCUGCACCACUCAAAAUCAUCCGACCGGAAGCAUACCGUUAAAAUAUGGCCACCCAUGACCUAUAUCUCCGUUUCCGGCUAUGUCUUCGUUGGAGCUCUUGCCUCGCACGUAGCCAUGAACCGCAUCUUACCUCUCGUCGUUGACGGCGACAGCUCCAAUAUUGGCCUGCAGUACGUAUCGCACGGCUUCGCUCGGAACCCGCUACCACCCUGGAUAGCGUAUUCGAUACUGCUAUCCGUCGGAGUAGGGCAUAUGGUUUGGGGUUGGGCUAAGUGGCUAAAUCUCUCGCCGCCUGCCAACUGGAAGAAGAUAACUAUUGAUAAGCAGCUACGAAAGACGCGACGGCGUGCCUGGUGGGGCAUACAGGCUGUCACCGUCACCCUCACGGCUCUCUGGGCUGCUGGGUGCCUGGGAAUCGUAGCAAGAGCUGGCCCCGCGGAGGGCUGGCUCGCCACGGUCUACGAUAACAUCUAUGCCGCCGUGGGUCAUUAA